AUGGCCGCAUCUCAGGCCGCCAAUAUUGCAGAGAAGGUUGUGGGGCAUUCGGACAAUGCCACCAUUGAAACCGACGUAAGUAACUACGCCAAGGGAGACUAUGGACAAGAAACAGGGGAGAAGAUCAAGGCGACGGUGUGGCAGGGGAAGAACUGCGUUGAGGUUGUGGAGAUGCCAAAGCCAAGAGUCAUCAACGAGAGCGACGUUAUCGUCAAGAUCACUGGAAGCACAAUCUGUGGGAGCGAUCUCCAUCUUUACCAUGGGGUCAUUCCCCAGCUCGAGAAAGGGGAUGUUCUCGGCCACGAGUUCUGUGGAGUGGUCGAGAGCGUUGGACCGAAGGCGACCAAGGUCAAAGCCGGGGAUCGCGUGGUGGCAGCCUUCCCAAUUGCCUGUGGCGACUGUACCAACUGUCAAAAGCAGCUCACCUCGAGCUGCGAAAGGACCAACGAAAACACCAUCGAGAAUGUCAUGUAUGGCAAACGCACCUCAGGGAUGUUUGGAUACAGCCAUUUCACCGGGGGGUUUGCCGGAGGUCAGGCCGAGUAUGUGCGCGUGCCAUAUGGCGACAUGAAUCUGCUGCAACUGCCGGAUGAUGUUCCCGACGAAAAGGGUCUGUAUCUGUCGGACGUCCUCGCUACGUCCUAUCACUGCGUCGUCGACACCGGGGUGACCCCUGGCGAUGUCGUCGCUGUCUGGGGUGCAGGACCGAUCGGGCAGAUGGUCGUGGGGUUCAGUUUCGGUCAAGGAGCCAGUCGAGUGAUAUUGAUCGAUGGCGGAGAGGCCGCGUGGAGACUGGACUUUGUCAAGUCGAAGGUUCCCAAGGUCGAGACGCUUGAUUUCAGUCAGCUGCCGCGAGGGGAGUCGAUCACUUCGCAGCUGAAGAAGAUCGUUCCAGGCGGUCCCGACGUGGCCCUGGACUGCGCCGCGGGCGAGUAUGCCAAAGGGUGGGCACACUACUUCGAGAUGCUCCUGGGAAUGGAGACAGACACGUCGGAGUUGUUGAAUGAAAUGAUCACCAGCGUUCGUCCCUUCGGACGCAUUGGCAUCACGGGAAUCUAUGCCGGAUACACCAACCACUUCAAUAUUGGAGCCAUCAUGCAAACCGGCAUCCGGUUGAUCGGCAACGGCCAGGCUCCCGUGCACAGAUACUGGCAUCACUUACUGGAGCUCAUCCGACGCCAGGAAAUUGACCCACUGGACAUGGUCACCCAUCGCGUGCGCCUGGAGGAUAUGCCUCAAUUGUAUGCAUUGUUCGAGAGACGAGAGCAGGGCCUGCAGAAGGCGUUUGUGCAGACCAAGUUCUCGUUCCCUCCGUCCGCCGGGGCACCGCGGUUGACCGAGCUGCAAGAGGUCCUAUAGGGGCUGGGAUGGAUGCUCACAUUAUUGCUCAUGACAAGACUCAUAAUGC